AUGGUCUUGCCGCCUCGCCACGUAUACUCCGCCAUCGUGAAAAACACAACCUCCAAUGUCAUGAAGGUAAAGGCCACGUACGGGAUGCCAAAUAAUGCCGCGGAUGAGGAGGUGGAGUUGUCCAUUCAGCCAGCUGCAACAGUAAAUCUGGAGCAGAAGGUUGUGCAGGUGGAACAAAUGACGCUGACUGGCUAUAUCCGUCGAAUCGCCGUCGAGGGCGCAGCGCUUGAGGCACCUUUCAGCGGUGUGACGUCGCCUGUGAAGGAUUACAGGGUGGAGAUUUACGCGGAGGAUGGUGUACCGCAGCUGCGUGGGCAACCAUAA